GGUACGAGAGCUACAGCUGAGCGAAAUCUCUUUUCUCUCUCUCUCCGCUUGCCUUUGGUGGUGACCGUGCUGUAAGUUGUCCGGCAACUACGUUCAACUGCAGUCAAACUGUGCAGAAGCACGCGCCGCCCCAGUAGUACGCAGUGAUUGCAGAAGGCGCACGAGCUCUGCACGGCUACUGGAUCGAAGGGGCGUUGGCCCGGCGACCAACAAAAUGGCGGCCGUGGCUCAGCAAGAGCAGGGCUCGGUCCUGCUGCACUCCCUGGGCUGUGCCUUCCGAGAUGUGCUCAUGAAGGACCUGGUUGGAGUCAAAGACGAGUCUGAGAAAAAGAGCAACCAAAGAAGAAGUCUAAGAAGGACAAGAAAGACGAAAAGAAGGAAGAGAAGAAACCGAAGAGACAGAGCGAGGAGAAGCACCUAGUGCGAGACGGCCAGAAAGCACAUCAUCUCAUUGCCCUUUCCUCGAUUCCCAACGCCUCCUCCUUCUCCGUGUUCUCUCACGUCCGCCAUUUUGUCCUCCAGAGCCAGCUGUGUGAGACGUACAACUCUCGACUUGGUCUCCUGGGUGGGUCGGAGGACGGAGGGGAGGCGGAGAGUGGGGACGAGGAGGAGGUGACCAAGAAAGAUGAAGGAGCCAAAAUGCCAGUGGUGGUAGGACUAGGUGUCCGCGGAGUGUUCUCCAUCAUCCAGGAGGUGUGGCAGACCAUGCCGUCUCUCUGUCUCAGAGCUCUCAGGGAAUUUCUCAACAUACUGCAAGGCCAGAGUCCUGCUGGUCUACGCAGCGAACCCAAGGAAACCACAGACGCUCUGUUUGAGCUACUGAUGAAAAUGGUGGUGGAGCCUGUUCCACCUGACAACGAACUGGCUGCUGACCUGUCCAGUGUGGCGUGUGGCUGUCUCCUGAGUCUGGUGGUAGCUCUGGGAGACACGGGGAAGAUGCUGACUGCCGUCUCCUCCCUCAUCACGGCACCUCAUCACCUGACUCAGAACACUCUCCAGAUUCCCCAGAUAUUCUACUCUCUACAAGACUCAGUGAAGGCAGUUCUACUGGGCUGUGUGACUGUGGCUGAUUGGUUCGAGAAGGGAGUUCCAGCCAAGUCCUUCGUCGAAGAGUGGACCAUCAGUGUUCCUCUGGAAGAGGGAGGGGAAAGGGAGGAGGAAGGGGGGAGGGGUGGGGCGGCUGUGGCCUGCGACGGUCGGUUUUUGUACAUUCACGGUUCGUUUGGUCUAGCAAAGGUCGGGAGUGGCUAUGGAAACACACAAAGGGGACUGGUGUACAAGAUGGAGCCUUUCAGACCUAGAGAAAAGGCUUGGCUGGGCCUUGCUGAGGGAAAGCUGUUCUACUAUCCACUGGGUCAGGGAGAAGACAGUGUUCUGGUCAUCAACGCUGACACACUCCAGGAAGAGACCUCACUGGACCUUGAUGUUGACUGCCUUGGCUCUCAGUGCCUGUUCUCAGAUGGGGAAUGCAUUGGCCAAAUCAAAGUGAAGAAAGAGGGAGGGUGUGUGUUGAGAAAGUUUGCAACGCUCUCAUCUCCGAUGCUUGUGGUGGAGGAGAAGGCUCUCCAGCUCUCCCAGAAGACAGUACUGGUGAUGGGGAAGGCCAAGUAUGAUUCCCAGGAGUCCAUACACACUCUCUAUCAAGAUACAAGUGAUCAAGUUGUGCGAGUGAUGGCCUCGCGGAACUCUGUUGCUGUUCAGACCACCAGUGGAAAGUUGCUGUACACUGGCAGUGGUGCUGUGUUUGGUAUCACAUCCAAGGACGUGUCCAAAGGAGAGUGGAAGGAGGUAGCUCUACCAGACAAGAACGUCAAGGUGGAGCACUGUGCAUGUGACAAUGCAGGGACGUUCUGUCUGGUGGUCAGCGACAAGGGAACGGUGUACUUUGGAGGAGUCAACAAGAAGGGAGAGGCCGGGGAAGCAGCUGGGGGUAGGGGGCAGUCAAAGCCGGCCAAGCUGAAGCGAGUCGCAAAGCUGAGCAAGCAGGAGGUGUGUGGAUGUGCCUGUGGCGGCCACGCUACAGGCAUGGUCACACGAGACGGGAAACUCUACAUGUUUGGGAGUCUGGAGGACGACCUGGUGGAUAAGUCAACUGGAGUAGUGACAGAUUUGCUGGGCAUGCCAGCAAGCCAGGUAGCCAUGGGUCGGUCGCACACGGCUGUCCUCACACAACACGGAGUGGUCUACACCUUUGGCAACAACUCUUUUGGACAGUGUGGAAGAAACUACAAACCCCCCAAGGAAAAAGGUGUUGAGGGAGAAGAGGGAGGAGGAGAGGAAGGAGCAGGAGGAAGCUCCAGUGACGAGGAAGACGAAGAGGGGCUGGUCCCUGACAACAUCUGUGAUGACGGGGACCACAAGUGGGCCCACGAUGUCUGCAUGAUCUGUACCAUGUGCAGUUACUGCAAU